CACACUUCACGAAGCUCUCGCUUACAUACAGCACCCGUCGCACGAGCACGAGCCUCCGCCACAGACAGAAACACCAACGCCGCGGGAGACGGAUUCACGCAAACACACCACGACAAGCGAAAGGAGGGCGCAGGCAUGGCGAAGAGCGGCACGGAGGAGUGGCGUCGCAACGCCGACACGCACAAGAUGAGCCCGGAGGAGGUCCGGGCCGCCGGGGUGGAGGCGUCCAUGCGCCCGCCGGGCCGUGGCGGCGGUGCCGGGGAGGUCCUUCACCAGCGAGGUGGCCGCCUGCCGUUCGGGCCCGGGACGAUGGCGCUGAUGGGGUUCGGCAUCGUCGGCGUCAUCGGCUACCUGGUGCUGUACCAGAAGGCGAGGCCCGGCACGCCGGCCACGGAGGUCGCCAAGGUGGCCGUCGGACACGGCGACCCUGCCGUCGGCCGUGAGGUCCAGAAGCGCCAAGACGAAGCGCCGCCAGCGCCACCGUCACGAGAAGGGAAGUAGACUUGUUUAGUAGCAGAAGAACUAGAGGAUUUGCGGCGUUUGUGCUUCGAGUUCUACUCCAUUUGAUCUGCUAGCCGCGCUUCUCAGCUAUGGUAUCUUUUGUCGUGGACCACGUAUGACUUCCUAUCAGAAAUGACACAGCAGAAAUAAAUAAUCGUACUGAUUACUCCAAAAAAAUAAAAUGUACUACUGAUGUAUCAGUUGCUUUUAAUUUUCUUAC